AGUCCUACUGCAAGGCGCAGCGACCGCAUCAGCCAGCUAUGGAAAGCAUACUAUUAGCUUUAAGAGCGCAAUGACGAGUCUCGCUCGUCGGCGACACGACCGCUGGACUCGCAUCGGGCUUGCGAAGCGACUUUUCCCCUGCUACUUCUUCGAUGGUUCCAGUCUAAAUUUCCUUCGAGUAAUCAAGUGCUUAUAUACUUCUGCAUCAGACCAUACUGACAAAGCAGGAUAUAGGGAAAAAAUGCUGCUCUCAAGGCAAGCCCUUUCAUCGUCGCGCGUUGCCCCGGCUCGACGGACGUCUGCAAUUGUAAGGUCCAAGCAGCCAUGCGUCGUCGCGGCGCGCCAAGUGGCACGGCCUGCGGCGCCGCGCAAUUUGGCACCCUCGCAAGAUGAUGACUCCAACAUGCAGGCGGUGCCAUCCUUUCAAGAGGUCUUCCCAACCAAGUUCAUGGUGACCUGCAAGGACCGCACAGGGGAGAUGAAUCCGGAGACUCAGCGCGUGGUGUGCUGCUGCGCCCAGUGUGAGGAGAAGCAGCCCGACUUCGCCCGGCGCUUGCCCAUGACCUUCUCUGCAUGGGAGAAGCACUGCGGCUCCAAGAAUAAGAGUUGGAACACGAGCCUGAAGGUCGUGCCCGGGUCGGGGCUGGCGGCGGUGCCGGCUGACAACAGGCCGGUGUCCAUCAGGGCCUUGCUGGCGCGGAGGAAGCUGAGGGUCGGCAGAUGGGCCCGCGGCACGGACGUGGGCAAGCUGUACCUUGAGCGACUCGAGGAACCGACGAAGGAACCAUAAGGCAGUAAAAUAUUGUUGGCAAGCCAUUGCCAAGGUUGUCUGAUGCAAGUACCCGAGUAACGUAACGCUUGUAACGCAGCGCACAUGGCAGUCGGGGCAGCGCACGUGGCCUGGUACCGGGCCUUAGCCUGUCGUGGCCAGGUGGGCGGGAUGCGGGCAUGCAGCGGGUACUGUGGGAGCGGAGGUCCUGCAAUAUGGCAAGCGCAAAAGAGGUGGAAAGCGCAAAAGAAGAACACGAGGCAUGGUAACACGCGGCUACUAAUAAACUCGUGUGUUGCCUGGCUUUGACUGUACCGUACGUGCCAGCAGGGAGCCGGGUCCCAUGGUACGUGGUAAGGCCUCUGAAGAGAUUUGUGUCUUGCCAGAGAGAGGGAGAGAGACAGAGAGAAAUUGUGUGUGAGUGUGUGUGUGUGUGUGUGUGUGCAGGUGUGUGUGCAUGUGUUUGUGAAGCUGCACCAAGUAGGGCCAGGGGUCCGUGGGCUCCAGGAAGCGUAUUCUAUCUGCUGUCCUAUUGGCUAGGUAGGUGGCUACCCCUCCCCCCAAACAUUUGUGGCCCCUCCAUGCCUGGAUGGGCCCGGCAUGGGGUGUUGUCGAGGGCAGCCAGCGGACGUGUAACUGCUGCGUGCACGAGCACACACGGGGUGCAGGGCUUUGCCCGAUGCCCAUUCAUCAAAGCUCAUGUGCGUAACCUACUGAGCGAAGUAUGGCCAUGCAUAGACACGCACUUGGCUGUUUGUGGACGCGGCCGGCUGUCUGUGGCCGCCAUGGAUGUCCAUUGGAUGCCGUUGACACAGCCCAACACAGCAUUCGUGCAAGUCUAAAA